AUGGCCGAUAUAGAAGAUAUUGGAUUUGAAUUAAGUACUAUUGUUGAACAGUCUACUGAUGGUUUUGAAAGUUGUCCAUCACCUCCACCACCAUUUCAUCGAAAUAUAAAUGAACAAGAAAUUAUUGUUCAACCACCUAUAACAUUUAUUGAUCAAGAACAAAUUAAUCCUAUAAAAAAUAUUGUACCAUUUGAUAGUAUUUUUUUUAGUGAUGCAAAAAAUUAUCUUUUUGAAACAACAACAGAUGAAUCUUCAAUAUUAACUGAAACAACAAAAAAAUCAAAUAAUAAUUUUUUUCAACGUUUUAUAAAUUUUUUUCGUUCAAAUCAUAAUCUAGAAUUUCAUCGACAAUGUCAACAAUUACUUAAUUUAACAAAAUAUCCAUGUGAUAUGUCGGAUACUAUACAUUUACGUAUUUUAUAUACAAUUUAUCGUCGUUUAACAAGUUCAAAUGAAAUUUUUUAUACUACAUAUGGUUCACAUUGGGAAAAUAUUGGUUUUCAAUCAACAAAUCCUGAAACCGAUUUUCGUUCAACUGGUCUUUUUUCAAUAUUUUUUCUUCUUUAUUUUGUUGAUUCGAUGUAUUUACCAUUAGCGAAACAAAUCUAUCAAUUUUCACUUGAUCCAUUACAACAAUUUCCAUUUUGUUGUAUUGGAAUUAAUUUAGCAAAUAUAUUAAUAAAAUAUCUUCGACAAACAUUAACAUCUCAAAAAUCUAUGCAAAAAUUAUUAAAUGAAAAUACGAUUAUUGAUUUAAUUGGAAAAUUAUUUAUUGCACUUUAUUUAAAUUUUUAUUUAAUAUGGAGAAAUAAUUCAUAUACAAUUGAACAUACUCAACAAGUAUUAAGUGAAUUAGAAAAAAUUCUAUUUAAUCGUCCUAAAACUUUAGUUGAAGAAUUCGAUGAUUAUUUUCGAAAACGACAAGAAUAUCGAGCACAACAGUACGAAUUUAAACAAACGAAUGAUAAUUUAAUUUAG